AACCUUUAACAGCCUUUAAAAAAACGAUAUGUUGUUUAGACUUGUAUCUUUCAUAAUAUAAAAACCUUAUAUUUAUUCUGAAAUAACGAAGUAUUUAUUGGAUAAAAUAAUAUUUGUUCUGAACAGAAAAUUUGCAAUAAUUUUAAUUAAUAUCUUACGAAAAAUCACAAUCACUUAAAUUACAGAAAUUCAAAUGUAAAAAUAGGAAAAGAAAAGAUGUAAAUGGACAAAUAUGUGGCAUAGAAAAAUAUUAUCGUAUAAAAUAAAAAUUGGUUUUACUGCGAAUUAAAGGCAUCCUCAUAAACAAUUUUACUUUGAACACAAUAAAGAAUAAAUGCAAUGAUAUCAAUAAUAUAUUAAAAAUUGUAAUGAUUCUUUAUUAUUUACCUCAAUUGUCGAUCAGAAAAUUUUUGAAAGUCUUAUGAAUUAACAUUAGCUCAUAAAAAAUCAAGAUAUUAAAGCUCAAAAUGAAUAGCAUUAUAAUAACAGGCAAGAUACCCAACAUAAGAUUCCUCCUAUAAAAAAACGAAUAAAAUUCAAAAUGAGGUAGCAAUUACAGUCAAUCUUUAAAAUACAAUCUUAAAAUUUGUUGAAGGAUAUAAAAUUUAACCAUCUAUAAUUCAUGGAUGGUGAACAAAAAAAUUCUAUUCAACAUUAUGGAGUAAGGUCAUAUCUGGAUAAUUUUUAUAGUUUCCAAAGCCAAAAAAGGAAAAUCAGUGAUGAAGGAAUGAAUAUUGAAGACGGUGAUACAACGCAUACUACGACUGAGAAAAAUUUGCUAUUGAAUAAUAAGGAAAAAAUUUCCACUUACAUGCAAAGAACGAAAAAUUGUUGUAACCCCUGCCUAUCAAUAAAAAAGGGUUGUUGUUAUUUAAUUUGGAAUCCUAAGGGGUUUAAACUAUAUUUGAUUUUGAGUGUAUCUAUUCUUAUCUUGGGGUUAACAUUAAUAAUAUGCGGAUUCUUUAUAGAAAAAGCUCAGCCAACAAUAUAUACGCCUGAAGAUAUAGAAACGCAAGGAAAUGCAGAUACGAUUUUCGAUUUAGAAACCCACUUAGAAGCUUACAUCGACUCGAAAAUUUACGAAUCAAACAAUGAAAAUAAAGACAAUUUGAAAAAUAUAUAUGCCAAAGACAAAAUGAGAAAAAAUUUAUUAAUCAUUGACAAAAAGGCCAUUCGACAUAAUCGUAUCAUGAGGUGGGUUAAAACGAGUGGCUUAAUUCUCUUUUUUGGGGCAGGACUUUUAUUUUUAUUAUCUAUGUUGGCGCCAUUAUUUUGUUCCGAUAAUUCUGCUUCAUCAUCCAAAUAUGACAAUAAAGAUAGAAUAAAAAGACAAAGAAAAGGUAAACCAGAUUCAAGCCACCUCCACGUGGAUAACGAGGAAAAAACAAAUAUUAUUCAGUCAAAGCUGUCAAAGAGCAAGCAAAAUCUGAUGGGCGAAAUGAUCGAGGUUGAUAAUUUAAGUAGCAGUAGUAGUAUGAUCAGUGAUCCGCUUCCCAAUAUCUAUAACAAAGAUGACAAUGAAUCUUCUAUAUCAACGAGUGAAUCCUUUCUAUUGCCUGAUCAAUACCAGAUUGAAGAUAAUUUUAAUAUCAAAGAAAGCACACCUAACAUAAUGAAUAAUGCAAAUAUUAGAAAUGACGAGGAUGAAUAUGAAUCGUAUCUAUCCUCACAUGAUUCAUCGGGAAAAAACAUGGAUGAAUUAUCUUAUAAGGUUCCUUCACAUGCACCGGUAUACAUGCCAAAAAGGUGAUUUGUUUUAUAUAAAACAACUUUAAUUUAUAUCUUUUAAAUUAUACAUUUAUUGAAUCAAUGCAUAUUAUAUUUAUAUAUUUUGAUAGAACUAUAUAUUUAAUUUAUUAUUAAUAAA